AUGUAUCCAAGCCAAGUGGAAUUGGCUGCGUCAGGGCCCAUCCAGCCAAUCGUCCUCUGCCACACGGUGAGGUACCAUGUGAAGGUGCUGGCUGGCAGGGGCUUCAGCCUGGAGGAGCUCUGGGUGGCCGGCAUCCACAAGAAGGUGGCGUGGACCUCUGGCAUCUCGGUGGACCCAUGGUGGCGUAACAAGACCACGGAGUCCCUGCAGGCCCACAUGCAGCGGCUCAAGGACUACCGCUCCAAUCUCAUCCUCUGCCCCAGGAAGUCUUUGGCCUCCAAGAAGGGCGACAGCUCUGCUGAAGAACUCAAACUGGCGACACAGCUGACAGGACUGGUCAUGCCCAUACGGAAUGUCUACAAGGAGAAAGCCAGAGUCAUCACAGAGGAGGAGAAGAACUUCAAGGCAUUUGCCAGCCUCCACAUGGCCUGUGCCAAUGCCCGGCUCUUUGGCAUCCGGGCAAAAAGGGCCAAGGAAGCUGCAGAACAGGAUGUUGAAAAGAAAAAAUAA